AUGACACGCGGGCUAAGACUCCUCCAAUCCGUCGCCGCGCCACCGCCGGAAGAAGCCGCCGCCGUCGAGUCCGACUUCGUGGUCAUCCUGGCCGCGCUCCUCUGUGCGCUCAUUUGCGUGGUGGGCCUCGUCGCCAUCGUGCGUUGCGCCUGGCUCCGCCGGUCACCGGCUUCCGUCGCCGGCGGAGGCCCGCCGUCGACGGCCAACAGGGGCCUGAAGAAGAAGGUGGUGAAUUCGCUUCCCAGGUUCACGUACGCCGGCGACGGCGAGCGGUACAAGUGGUCGGAGUGCGCUAUCUGCCUGACGGAGUUCGCCGGGGGCGACGAGGUCCGCGUGCUGCCGCAGUGCGGACACGGGUUCCACGUGGCGUGCGUGGACACAUGGCUCGUGUCACACUCCUCGUGCCCCUCGUGCCGUGCGCCCUUCGCCGUCGCACGCUGCCAGAAGUGCGGUCACUUCCCGGCGGUCGCAUCGGGUACCAGCGAACCGGAGACAAAGCCCGGCGGCGGCGGCGGCAAUGCCGAUAAUAACGGUGCGAAUGGUAGUCGUAAUGUAAUUGUUACAAACGGGUUUAGUAAUUACGGUUUCUUGCCUUGA